AUGUCGCAGCUCAACGGCAGCAGGAAGCGCAAGCUUGUAACUCGAGCGCUUCCCGAUGUGCGGGAUGACAGCGACGAGCUUGGCGACGCUCUACUCGGCGGGAUACUCUCGCAAAGCGACGACGGUGAAGAGUUUGAUGACAGCGACGACGAGGAGGAGGACGGAGAAGAAGAGGACGAGGGGAGUGAAGACGAGAUGGAUGGCGAGGAAGAGCUAGAGAGUGAUGAGAUACCAUCUGAGUAUGGGGAAGAGGAUAUCCGGGAACAGAUCAGGAAUCUCAAGACCGCAGAUGUGGAGAGCCCCAAGGGCGCGAACGGAAGACUCGUAAAAGUCAAUGGCGCAGAAUUGCCACAAGCUGCCACAGGAGCAUUAGGGGAGACCAAUACACAAGACGACAUAGAGGAUCUCAAGCCGAACUACACAGUCACGACCGACGCGAACGGUAAUCCGCGCUACCUGUAUCAGGAGAUCGAGCCCGGUUACGAAUCAGACGAUUCAGACGCGCCAGCAACUGUCAACACCAUCGGUGAAAUUCCUCUCUCUUUCUACGACUCCUAUCCUCACAUCGGCUACGACAUCAACGGGAAGAAGAUCAUGCGACCAGCAAAGGGCGAAGCGCUCGAUGCACUCCUAGACAGCAUAGAAGUACCCCAGGGAUGGACAGGUCUCACAGACCCAGCGACAGGCAAGCCGCUUGAGCUAAGCCGAGAAGAACUGGAAGUGCUCAAGAAGCUCACCCGGAACGAGGUACCGGAGGAAGGCUACGAUCCGUACCCCGACAUGGUCGAAUACUUCACGAGCAAGACGGAGAUCAUGCCGUUGAGUGCUGCACCGGAGCCGAAGCGAAGAUUUGUGCCUUCGAAGCAUGAGGCUAAGAGGGUGAUGAAGAUCGUCAAGGCUAUCAAAGAAGGGAGGAUAAAACCCUACAGACCCCCCGAGGAGACCGAAGAUGAGGACCCAAAGGUCAAACGAUACGAUCUCUGGGCAGACGAAGCGCCGCGACCUGAUCAUGUAAUGCAUGUACCCGCGCCUAAAUUGCCGCCACCCGUACACGACGAGAGUUACCACCCGCCGCCAGAGUACCUUCCGGAUAAGGCAGAGAGGGCUGCUUGGGAGAACACAGACGAGGAAGACCGCGAUAGGGAGUAUUUAUCAAGGGAUCAUGACGCGCUGCGAAAGGUGCCCGGGUACGACAAGUUCGUGAAAGAGAAGUUCGAAAGGUGUUUAGACUUAUACCUGGCCCCUCGUGUGCGAAGGAGCAAGCUCAACAUCGAUCCGGAGUCACUGUUACCAAAACUGCCUAGUCCAGAUGAGUUGCGGCCCUUUCCUACCGCCUGCUCUGUGGUGUUCAGGGGCCAUGAGGGUCGUGUCAGGAGUCUCGCUAUCGAUCCCAGUGGGGAGUAUCUGGCAACGGGCGGUGACGACGGCACGGUUCGGCUGUGGCAACUUCGAACAGGGCGGCAAAACUGGAGUGUGAAGUUUUCAGGAGAUGAGGCGGUCAACGUUGUGAGAUGGAGGCCCGGAACGGAAGCGUUCAUCCUCGCAGCCGCUUCUGGCGAGAACAUCUUCCUAGUUUCCCCUCCCAUCGCCGGAAAACCCGAUGUAGAGCGAAGCUCUCGCGACGUGCUGGACGCUGGAUGGGGCUACGCAGCCACCAACGGAGCCUCCGCAACGAAUGGGCCGGCGAAGAAAGAAGCUGCCGCCAAAUGGACCCGACCCGGACCCCAGCUCGAAGAGAAGGGCGUUCUUGUAAAAAUAACCGUCCGCUCAACCGUCAAAGUAAUCAAUUGGCACCGCCGCGGCGAGUACUUCUCCACCGUUUCCCCCCAAGGCCAAAGCAGCGCCAUCGCCAUCCACACGCUCUCGAAACACCUGACCCAACUCCCCUUCCGGCGCCUCAAAGGCCUCGCCCAGUCUGCGCAGUUCCACCCGUCGAAACCAAUCUUCUUCGUCGCGACCCAGCGCACCAUCCGCAGCUACGACCUCGCGAGGCGGGAACUCCUGAAGAUCCUGCAGCCGGGCGCGAAGUGGAUCUCGUCGUUCGAUAUCCACCCCGGGGGCGAUAACCUUAUUGUUGGCUCCUACGACCGUAGGCUCCUGUGGCAUGAUCUUGAUCUGUCAACGAGGCCGUACAAGACGCUGAGGUACCACAAGAAGGCCAUCCGCGCCGUGCGGUUCCAUCAGGGCGGGCUGCCGCUGUUCGCGGACGCGAGCGACGAUGGGAGCUUGCAGAUCUUCCAUGGGAAGGUUGUGGGGGAUCUGAUGGAGAAUGCCACGAUUGUGCCGCUGAAGGUGUUGAGGGGCCAUCAGGUCAGGAAGGAGUUGGGAGUGUUGGAUGUUGAUUGGCAUCCGAAGCAGCCGUGGUGUGUGAGUGCGGGGGCGGAUGGAACAUGUAGGCUUUGGCAAUAG